AAUUAGAAAUUUUGCAGAAAUCAAAUUUUGUCGCUAAAAUCCCCACACAGUUCGAUGGGAAGACUUUGGGAAUCACUGCCCGUGAUUCUUCUACUCUUAGUUCUUCUUCUUCAUCAAUCAGUCUCUCAGGGGUUUGAAGAAUCUGAAUCUACUAGAUUGGUUAACGAAGAAGUAGAAGUUAGUAAUGCUCCAGAAAUACAUUGUUCCCGAGAAAGAAGUCGAGCAGCUUGGCAGAUUAUACAAGAUUAUUUGACGCCAUUUGUGGAACGGGAAAGAUAUGAAAUUCCAAAAAAUUGUAGGCUGCAUCCUGAUAAUGAUUUAUACAGAGAUCAGGAACAUCAUAAGGUUCAUGUUGAUGUCUUCGAAUGGAAAUGUGGUUACUGCAAGAAAAGUUUCAAUGAUGAGAAAUUUCUUGACAAGCAUUUCAGUACUAGACAUUAUAAUCUUUUAAAUACGACUGAUACAAAGUGUUUAGCCGACCUGUGUGGUGCAUUGCAUUGUGACUUUGUAUUGAGCUCUAAGAAACCCAAGAGCAAGUGCAACCCUCCUGCUGUUGCCAAAAACCGUCAUCUCUGCGAGAGCGUUGCCAAUAGUUGUUUCCCAGUGAGUCAAGGUCCCUCAGCUAGUCGUCUUCAUGAACACUUUUUGCGCCAAUUCUGUGAUGCUCAUACCUGCACUGGAAAUGAUAAACCCUUUCCUAGAGGAGGCAAGAAGAAAUCGGGUGUCUUCUACCUCGCCAUUUCAAUAUUGACCUUGAUGCUACUCCCACUCUUUUAUCUUCUAGUCUUCUUACAUCAAAGAGAAAAGAGAAGCGGAACACAAGAUUUGCGUCGUAUUAUAAAAUCUGGAAAAAAAACAAAACCGUCAUAAGAUGGUAAGCUUCAAACUGCUCUUGAGAUACAGGAUGUUCAAAUCCGAUAUUGGUUUGGUGAAUCACAAAUCUUCCUCAUUACUUCUCCAUCUCAGACCUUUCCUCAUUUGGUGUUUCUCAAACCAGAGACUUAUGGAUUCCAAACGAGAGUAUUUCUAUGUGGUUAUGAAGCUAGUUGCUAUGGAUAUCAGAUGGAUUACAUAGACAAAUGAUUUUUCUGUAAGCUUGUAAAAACAGAUGAUUCCUUCCACAAAAUAGGAAUAGUGAUUAGAUUUUUCUCUGUAAUUUUAUCGAAUCUUCAUACAUAUCAAUGAUAACAUCAAGGUUGAAACACAA